UGAUCUCCGUUGUAUUUAUAUUUACCCUCGUCCCCCUGUAUCUAACUAAAAUAAAUACCCAAACAAUCGAUGGACAGCUGUAUUCGGGACAAUUUGUGAUAAUAGUCGUGUGAACAGUGGUGAAACAUACUCAACAUUGUAAACAACAACGAAAUUGGCAAGUUAGUGGUGUCAUUAGUAAUAAGGGCGGCCCGAUGCACGUUUCAACGAUUCCAAAUGAUGACUUCGAUGCUGCCCAGCUUUAAUCCGCCAAUAGUUAAGCGGCUGCUGGGCUGGAAGAAGGCCGAGGGCGAGGACAAAUGGAGUGAAAAAGCGGUCAAGAGCCUUGUCAAAAAGCUGAAGAAGUCAACCGGCCUCGAGGAAUUGGAGAAGGCCAUCACUACACAGAGCUGCAACACCAAGUGCAUUACAAUACCAAGGCCUAGUCCCGGUGGUGUUGGUGACAACGGUGUGCAGGGUGUGAGGGGCAAGGGAUUGCCCCACGUUAUUUACUGUCGUCUCUGGCGCUGGCCAGAUCUGCAGUCUCACCACGAGCUGCGGGCUAUCGAGCACUGCGAGUACUCGUUCACACAGAAGAGAGACGAGGUCUGCGUUAAUCCUUAUCAUUAUCAGAGAAUUCAAACACCAGUAUUGCCGGCGAUUCUCGUGCCCCGUCACAAUCUAUCGGGUGACGAGUCAGUGCUCUACAACACAUCGUUGGAGGAGUUGAGUGUCAGUGUACCGGAGAACACGAGUUUCCACGCAACGCUGAAUCACCGCCACAAUAAUCAGCAGAGUAUACCACAGUCACCUCAGCAACAGCAGCCAAAUAAUCUUUAUCAGGGUAUGCAGAGUAUGCAAGCAACGAGUCCAGCCAGUGUAGGGAGUCUGGGUAGUGUGCAGGGUUCACCGCAUCCAGCACCAGGCUCCAUGGAUCCACCAGCUGACACACCACCACCUGGUUACAUCAGUGAGGAUGGGGACAAUAUGGAUCAUAAUGACAAUAUGUCGUUAUCACGAUUGUCACCUAGUCCUGUUGAUGCUCAGCCAGUCAUGUAUUGUGAACCUGCUUUCUGGUGUUCAAUAAGUUAUUACGAACUGAACACGAGGGUGGGCGAGACAUUUCACGCCUCCCAGCCAAGCAUAACGGUGGAUGGUUUUACGGAUCCAAGUAAUUCCGAGCGCUUUUGUCUCGGCCUACUGUCAAACGUUAAUCGAAACACCGUGGUAGAGCAGACAAGACGGCACAUCGGUAAAGGUGUAAGACUGUACUACAUCGGUGGUGAAGUUUUUGCCGAGUGCCAGUCAGACUCCAGCAUCUUCGUACAGAGUCCAAACUGUAAUCAGCGUUACGGUUGGCAUCCCGCUACUGUUUGUAAAAUACCACCAGGCUGCAACCUCAAGAUCUUCAACAACCAAGAGUUCGCUGCCCUCCUCUCCCAGUCAGUCUCCCAGGGUUUCGAGGCUGUCUACCAGCUCACCAGAAUGUGCACCAUCAGGAUGAGUUUUGUGAAGGGCUGGGGUGCCGAGUACCGCCGCCAAACAGUCACCUCGACCCCCUGUUGGAUCGAGUUGCAUUUAAAUGGUCCCCUCCAGUGGCUCGAUCGUGUUCUCACGCAAAUGGGCUCACCACGUCUCCCCUGCUCCUCAAUGUCCUAAUUGGGGGAAAUUAAAUUUCCCAGUCCCAAAAGAGAAGAUAAUGCGAAUGAAAGUCAGCAUUUUCGAAUGCCUGGAGCCACACGACGAGUGGUUCGCAAUUAUCAAAAAAAAAAAAAACAAAUAAUCUCAGUUUUUCUCACAAUGUGCAGCAGAGAAUUUUCAUUUUCCAUCGGAAACUUGAGAAAAGCAAGACAUUUAUGUACAUAAAACACAUCAAACUCAUAUAUGCUUGUGUAUAUAUGUUCAAUACUGGGGGAUUUCACGGAUGAAACUCAGUCUUUUACAUAUUUUUAUCGACGAGACGUAUCAUAUACGCCCGAAUUAACAGAACAGGUGCAUAAAGGAUUAUUUAAUCUACUUGUGAGGAGUCUUGAGUUCUCACAUGUUUUAUUAUACAUAUAAUAUAUGUAUUGUGUGUCACCCAGGAAAAUACUACAUUCAGAACCUCUGUGUAUUCAGUAUAGUCGAUGGGUAAUGUUAAUCAUUGUAGGAUCGUUUUUUUUUAUUGAGGAAAUGAGACUCGUUACAGUGAAUCGUGUAAAUACAGCUCACUUUUUUAAUUUUCUGACAAUUGCACGUCGAUGGGGGGGAGGAUGAGGGAGAUAUUGAGGGAGGGGUUUUUCGAUGGGAAAGAUUCUUAGGAGAGAAGUGAUAAGUCUGCUCUGCUUGAUGGAGUUGGGAGGAUUAUACGUAUUGAUGGUGUCUUGGU